AUGCAUUGGAACCGUACUCGGCUGGCGCCCACGGAUGCAAAUAACAAUAACAAUGGCCUGAAACGCUAUAGCUUUAUGCUCCCAACCAACUCACCUCGCCAUAGCGAACAUGUCCCCCGUCCCUCCGCGUCGCCGGCGGCAGUGGACCGACGCCAGUCGGAGUCGGGACCUCGUCACUCGCAAUUAGACGACCCCAGCGUGGACGAGUCUGAGUCGCAUGGACUCGACAAUGUGAAUAAGUACAAUGCCACCGGCCAAACCUUUGCAGCUGGUCCGACCCCAAAUGCCAAAAGAAACCGCUUCAGCAUGUUGCGAUUCCGCCAUGCCUCCGAUCCUCAACUUUCCGCAAGUUAUUCCCGGAACGAGCCCGACAUCCCCCCAGUACCACCAAUUCCUCCUCCACCAACGAUUAUAACAACUGCGCCUACUACCUCUUCCAACCUGGACAAGUCCGCCCGAAAACCCGGCUUGUUGGUCAAAAAGAAAUCGAGAGAAAUGUUUGGCUUUGGAAAUACACAGGACCCGGGACAUACAAAAGGCCCAUAUUCGCAAGCUUUAGCCGGCUCCUCCACUAUCAACGAAGAGCCCGGACGGCUUUCUACUUCUUCAUACCGCAGUGGGCCUGUGCAUCGUCAGUCAGAUCGAGAUAACCGCUUUUCAGAAUCUUCAAGGUCAGAACAAAGCUCAGGCGACAGAGGAUCCGCGAGAAGCAUCAACUCUCACCCAAAAAAGAAGUUCAGUAUGCUCCGUUUGAAAAGGAGCCGAGGCCCGCUGUUCCCCCUUCCCGUCAAGCUCCCUCCUCCUCCCGGGUCCGACAUCCCCAUCAGUGGCCGACAGUCGCCAGUCUCAAACGAGGACGGUCGUCCUUCGAUAGAUCCCGUCACACCGGACGGAGACCGUGUUUCGCCGUUGCCAUCCCCCACUCAGUCCUCUGCCAAACUAUCGUCUCCAAGGGCUAUCAAUCCACCACGUCUUUUCCGCAAGAACUCUACCACAUCAGCACAUUCAACAACAUCUGCCAAAGGCCGACAGGGUCGCGGACGAUCGUCGACUUUGAAUUCGCUUAUAGACGCUGCUCGAAGUGAGGACGAUCCGCAACACUCCUCGUCAAACAUCGCCUCUGGUCGAAAUUCAACUUCCACUACUGGCCGCAAAAGCUUCGGCGACAUUUUUAACUUAAGCAACAAACUGCGCCAAAACUCUGAUCUCUCUUUCCCCCGAGAUGGCCGUGCAAGUCCACGACCGCCAGGCACUCCUGGCUCGGAUUCUAAGCAUGCCUCGAACUCGGCUUCGCAGAAUCAGGUAUCGUAUCCUGAUCGUACAGAAGACGACACGCCCGCAACGUAUCUGUCCAAACUCGAAGAGGCAGUGCAUAAGGGAUCUAUUGCCACGAUAUUGUCGCAAUCCGACGACGAAUUCUUCAAGGUUUCCUUGCGCAAGUUCAUGCGAACUUUUGCUUUCUUUGGGGAACCAAUUGAUAUGGCAAUUCGCAAGUUGUUGAUGGCGGUUGAAUUACCGAAAGAAACGCAACAAAUCGACCGAGUUCUUCAGAGCUUCUCGGAUCGUUACUACGAAUGUAAUCCAGGAAUAUUUGCAUCUACAGACCAAACUUAUUUCAUCGCCUUUUCUAUCCUCAUUUUACAUACCGACGUGUUCAACAAGAAUAACAAACGCAAGAUGCAGAAGCAAGACUAUGUCAGGAAUUCACGUGUCGACGGCAUAUCAGAGGAUAUCCUCGAAUGCAUAUACGAGAAUAUUUCCUACACGCCGUUCAUUCAUGUUGAAGACGAGCUCAAUUUCAGUGCAAGACAAAUGCCAAAGAAGAGAGGUUUGCUAAAGGUGGCCAGCUCCGAUCAGUUGUCACGGGUAUCAAACCAGCCUGUGGACCCUUACGCUGUCAUUUUAGACGGCAAAUUGGAUCACCUACGCCCAAGUUUGAAAGAUGUCAUGUUGGUUGAUGACACUUAUAGCUUCAGCGGCGCGGAAGAGCCUGAUGACAUUGAGGCUUUGCAUCAGGCCUUUUUGAAUUCGUCGAUCUUGCAAAUUGUUUCGGCAAGGUCUCGACCAGACGCUUUUAUGACUUCUGCAAGCAUCCAUAACCCCAUUGACUCUCAUCCUGGCUUGGUCGAUAUUAAGGUAGUCAAGGUUGGGCUGCUCUGGCGUAAGGACCCAAAGAAAAAGAGAGGCCGUUCACCCUGGCAAGAAUGGGGUACUCUUUUAACCUCUUCACAGCUGUAUUUCUUCCGCGACCUAUCAUGGAUCAAGUCCCUCAUGGCGCAGUACGAGAACCAGAACAAACGGAGCACCAGGCUACCUGUUGUGUUCAGGCCGCCCGUGGUCGAUUUCAAACCAGAUACUAUCAUGUCGACGUCUGAUGCGGUUACUUUGAUCGACACCGAUUACAGACGACAUAAACACGCAUUUCUUUUUGUUCGUCACAAUGGGCUUGAGGAAACCUUCCUCGCAAAUUCUGACGCCGAUAUGAAUGACUGGUUAGCGAAAUUAAACUACGCGGCCACCUUUAGGACUACGGGUGUUCCAUUGAAGGCAACUGUUGGUACAAGAUACGAGGGUCGAAGGCAUCAAAAAGUGACACGCAUGAACUCGAUCUCAUCGGAGGGUUCCCAGACGCAAUCUCAGACCCAGGCAGAUACUCAGCCUGCUCAUAAAAAUUACGUCGACCCGCACCUCGCAGAGGAAAUGUCCGCUGCCCGCCAACGAUUGAUGACACAAAGGAUUGCCGAAGCCGAUGAAAAGUUGUCUAGUUGUGAGAAGCAACUUGACGACUUGCUCAGAAAUGCCAGACAUCUCCAACUUUUGACACCGGUUCAUAAUAGAGCGAGGGAGAACGUCAUUCUCGCUGCUGGACGCAUGUCUGCAAAACUCAAAUGGGUGCGGUUUGAUAUAUGGCGGACCAGAUGCUACAAGCAAUUUCUAUCCUUGGACCUUGGUCUUGAAGAAAAAGUACCUGGUGAUGCGAACAAACGAACCUCGUUCGCUACAGCCAAAACAAGCCUUGCUUCGUUGAACAGGCAUGACUCUGUACAAAGCUUCUCAACUGCCCAUCAGAGUAACGAUGCCGCUGCUACAGACCCGCCUACUUCAGGCCCUGCCGAGGAACCGAUGAGCCCAGGUUUAUUCGCCUCCCGACUUUCUUCUGAUGCCCGGCGGUCAAGCAUCACCCCGUCAGCAUUAUCUUUGGAGCCUCCUCUUGAUAACCCACAACAAGCGACUGGAACAUCAUCUGAGCAAGUGGUCGGCCGUGCUAACUCUAGCCGUACCAAAGUAUCUGAACGAGAUCCGUCAGUACUUAGCUCCAAAAGUAAAGCUGAAGCAAACAGCGUGGGUUCUCCUAGCCUGAAGGCUAAGACGAGUAUCUCAAAUUUUGAUGACGGAGAAGAGCGGAUCCUUCGUGAAGCAGGACUUCUUACUGUCGAUGAGCCUGCAGGGACUGGCCAGUUGUCUACCGUGGUAGAUGAAGCCGGAAGUAGCGAGAAACUGACAGAAGAGAAGAGUGACCUCAGAACAGGGGAUCUUCGUAGUCGCAACCGCCGAAGCCUACAGCGAACUUUGAGAGAUAGCAAGCCGAUUCACCAACGAAGCAAAAGGGGCCGGGAUUCAUCAUCGAGCCUUCCUCCGCCUGACAAUCUUACCGGUGGUGAAGGCGAAGUGCUGUCUAGGAAGGACACAAAUUUCACUCUUCACGGAAAGAAAGCUUCCGUGAUCACAUUUGGUUCUGAGUGGCAGAACAUACCACCCGAAGAGAGAUUGAAGCUUCGGAAGUCUGUCGUGUCGGAUGAGUCGAGGCUGUCAGAAACCGGAGCUGCUUGCGAUGCGCGUGAAUCCACUCGAUCUGGAUCGGUCCAUAGUACCAAACCACAAUCAACACGCAGUGCCAGCACAGCCACGGCGAGAAGCUCUCGCUAUUUAGAAGGUGCAGCCGUCACUGGUGGGAUUCCAGAAAUACCUUCGUUAGAGGCCUUGAAAAGGGAGCAGGCAGGCCCUUCUUCCGUUCAAUCCAAAGAAAACGAGGCUGAUACCUUGGCCAAUGCGUUGACACCGGCACCUGUAAAGAUAGGCGAGGUAACGAAGGAUGGCCGUGAAAAUAGCGAGUUUGUUGAGCAAAUCCCAGCCCAAGAAAACACGAGACAUAGCCCCCACGAGCAAACUGUUGGCGCAUAG